AUGUCGCUCAACACUUCUCACACUCCCGAUGGAAAAGGUGUUUUGAUCUACAAUGGGGAAAUGAUUCUCCUCUAUUCGUCGAAUGUCAAGCUGAAAUUCGAAAAGUACGAGCAUCCGACAUUCAAAGGAACUAAGAAUGGAUCUCUCUAUCUUACAUCGCACCGCAUCAUCUUCAUGAACUCGCCGGGAAAGGAUGAGUUCCGUUCGUUCUCGAUGCCAUUCAACUGCCUUCGCGACGUUCAAUUGGAGCAGCCGAUGCUUGCUCCGAAUUAUCUUAAGGGAUGGAUUCAGCCGUUGGCUGGCGGAAAUUUUGAUGGGUGCCCAGAAUUUCGUCUAAGCUUCCCAAAGGGCGGAUGCAUCGAGUUCGGACAAGCUCUUCUCAGAGCUGCUGAGCUUGCUUCCCGCACUCGACCAUUUGCUGCUCCGCCGGCGUACGAGCAAGCUCCGAAGGCCCAGCAGAACACUUAUUACUCAGCACCACCGGCAUACUACAUGUCGCAAGGAAAUUACCAGGGAUUCCAGGCGCCGACUCAUGUUUUCCCAGAACAGCCGCCAAUGGGAAACGUCUAUAUGUUUGAGAGUCCGCCACCAUAUGCUGGAAUUGGCGAGCCAGUUCUCCAACCAGUGAAUCAGCUCCAGUCGGCUGGUGUUGCUCAGUACCCGAUAGCGCCACCACAGCCAGGCUUCGUUGUUGGCGCAGGAGCUGCUCCACAACAGCAACCGGCAUACAACAUCGGAGCUGGUGCUGCUCCACAUCAGCAACCGCCAUACAAUAUCGGAGCUGGCUCUGCACCGGUUCCACAACCGCCGGGCUACGGAGCGUACAACCAACAACCGGGAUAUGGCGUUGGUUCUGGAGUCACACCACAACAACACUAUCAGAAUGUGCCGAACAGCUCUCAGCCGCCGCCGUACACUCCAUACCAAGAAGCUGGACCUCUUCCAUCCAAGAAUGGACCACCAAUGUAA